CUCAUGCAGACAGCCCAGAGAAGCCCAGCACAUGUGUACUGGCCAAAGCAGAGCACAGGCCAUUGCCCUAUAGUGGUUUGGCCAUUCUCAGCUUAUUUCUCCUCUUCAGCGUCAGGUUUUCCCCUUUUAAAAGCUGAACUUAAUUUUUCAUCAGCCCUGAAACUCUUAAACAGAAAGUGAAGGCUGAAUUUAGUCUCUUGAGGCCUUUGCCUACACCGUCCCCCUGCUUCCGAUCGCCUUCUCAGCUCCCUGGCUGCCGGAGCUGCUGGCAAGGGUGAAGAUACGACUCAGGCUGAGUGAGUUUGGAAAGAAGCGGUUGGUGUGGGUCUCCCUGGCUCCCAGAGGAGCAGCCGAAUGCUCUGCCCCGAGCUAGAGAAGCGAGGCAGCACCCACACCCUGGGGGAAGUGAAAUCGGGGCAGGAAGCCGAGGAGCGGCACUGCGGCGGCGAAGGGAUCCUUCGGGCGCAGUUGUUGCCUGGCAUGGCCGCUGCCGGGGACGUGUAGCGCUGGGGAGCGAGGGCUGAGCCUGCAGCCACCCGGCAAGCGGGAUGGGGGAAAGGCUCCUGGUCUGGACCUUGAUUCUCCUCCCAGGAUGCUGGGCUCUGCAGGGCCCCGCAGAGGUGAGCGGCUUCCCAGGGGGCUCCGUGGAGGUACCCUGCGAGUACGAGCCAGAGCUGGUGGAUGCCAAUAAGUACUGGUGCAGGGGCAGGAGCUGGCUUUCCUGCUCCAUCCUCGUUCAGACCACAGCCCCUGGGGACAAGGUGUUGGGGGACAGCGUCUCCAUUCGAGAUGUCCCCACUCGGCACAUGUUCGUGGUGACCAUGGAGAACCUAACAGUGGAGGACGGGGAUCAGUACUGGUGUGGGAUCCAGAUGGCCUGGUAUGACCCCAUGUUCCCCGUCAUGGUGUCUGUUGUCCCAGUGCCCGAGACAACACUGUAUGACCUCCACACGACACAGGGGGAAGAGGCCACAUCUGCUCCCACCUUCCCAUGGACUCCCCUGGAGCUGGAAAACACUGCGUCCACGCCAAAAGUCAAAAGCCUGCCAGAAAUGCCAAACCUGCUUGUUCUGAUCCUGACACCCUCCACUGUGCUGGUGCUGGUGCUGGUUUUGGGCAUCAUCAUCAGAUGCAGGAUGAGAAGGGCAUCGUCGGAGAAAAGCAGAGCAGCCUGGGCCAUGGAGAGGAAGAGGGACAAGGACCUCCAGGUCACUGCAAGCGGGGAGCAAGCAGCCACUUCCAAUAACAUCUAUGUGAACAGGGAGUGGGAGCUCAGCUCACCUGAAGAUGACUAUGAGAACAGCCCAGCCAAGUGGCAGGACUAUGAAAAGGGAGAUGACGUUUCGGUUUCCAGAGCUCCAGAACUGAUCUACAUGAACACGCACUGAGCUGCUCGGUGCUUGGUCCUUCGCUGCCACAAAGCCCUGUGGCCAGUAACGGGCAUCCCCUGCAGCUCUCCCAACACCCAGGGUGUGUUUCCUCACCGCUGCCCGAGCUCUCUCUGCCUCUCCUGUUGCAAUUCCCUGUAUCCCGCAGAAGCAACCCCCGUCCCCUGUGUACCACGUGAGACCGGGGCCCCCAGCGUGCCACGGGGUCCCGCAGCGUGACACGCACACCACCAGGCCAGCAGCAUUGUUCAUCCCCACCCUGCCAUGAGAUUAUUAAAUGAAUUGAGAUCA